GAUGGCGGCUGUAGCAGAACUGGUUGUGGCUUUCACGCGGCAACAUAGUCCAAUCCACAGUUAGCUCGGCAAAAUAUUAAAUAAGUUUAAAAUCUUUCGGUAAAAGGGUAUUUUUAUUGGAAAAAUACUUAAAUUAAUAAACCCAGUGAUGAGAUAAUUAAUAAAAUUUAAAAAAAUAAUCAAAUAAACUGAUUUAUUCGCACGUGUUACUCCAAACAAGCUGUCAAAAUUCUUGUGUAUUUUAUUUUAUACGUUACUGUGUACAGUUAGUGUUUCUUGUUGCCUUAUUCGUUAAAAAGUAACGCGAAAAUUUAAAACGAGAAGAUAUUUGUAUUUUUAUUAUUUUAUUUAAAAUAUUCGCGCUGUUUUAAAAUCAUCGCUCCAAAUAGAUCCAGCUCUGAAAAGUAAAUAAAUAAACAAUUAAAAAUGAGGUGACUCGAUAAUAGUGAGUCAAAAAUUGGAGCAAAUAAUUGUAGUUUGAUAUUUAGGAAAUAAAUAUUCAAAUUUAGCAAUAACAAAGUAGAGGGAGUGUGCGCGGGCGCGAAGUAAUUGCCGUCUUCGUCGUGUCAACGUCUGGUUAUCAUCAGCGGACUCAGUCGCUCAAACGCGGCUUUAAGCGAACACGUGGUUUUUAAGACCGAGGUGAGUUUUGUUGCGAAUAGGAGGAGAGUUGUAAGCAACCUCAUCAUAAUCAUGUUGCUGAUGCUGGUGGUGAGAUUAGCGAUGUUGUUUAUCGUGGUGAGGCCAGGACACGGGCACUUCAAUCUCUUUCUCAGUCAGGCUGAAGUUAGAAAAUUAAUGGGGCUCCAAGCAGAGUUAUUUUACGUAAGAGAGGGAGUAAUAAAUGAGUAUGCCAUUAAGUUUGUCGUUCCCGUGCCAGCGCAGGUUCACAAGCUUCACUUUACGUGGGAGAAUCUUGCCGGGAGACCACUGCCGUACACGAUGGUAGUAGACAUCAGUAAUCCCUCAGCCUUGAGUAGUUCUUUAAAUAUUUCACAAGCGGGUGAGAUCCCCGUGGGAGGAUUGCAGACGUGGGCGCUGGCACUUCACUGCGGUCCAUAUGACGCAGAGGUGGAUUUGUCUCUACGCAUAAGCGUCGCCCAGAACCGGCGAAACACCACCACCCUGGAAGUUCGCCGCAAGAAGAUUUGCCUGAAAGACAAGAGCGGGUACCCGGCUCCCGAGGAGGUUCUUGUGGCAGCUUCCGGUUCGACCUCAGGCGGGCAAAUAUUCUACGCGGCGAUUGGAUGUGCUUGCGCUUUUAUCGCUGCUAUUUUUGUCCUCGUCGGCGCUUAUUAUGUCCGCGAUAAGAAGGCGCGACGUCACCGUGAUCCACUGCAGGAGUCGCGCGGUCUCAGCUCAGCUUGCAGCGUAGAAAGAGGAACGGGAAUUGGACCAGCUCAAACAUUUUUGUCACCGGAAACUCCACCGCCACCCUCAAGUGUUUCCGCCUCAAGUUAUCGUCGACUUGACGACCGGCCUAGUCGGGAAUUACAUGAAAGAAUCCAGGAAAUUACUGUUCAAAGAUGCAGGGUAAGACUGCUGAGCAUAGAACUGGAGGGCACCUUUGGGCGGGUCUAUCGAGGAAGUUAUCAUGAGGAAGGAGCUACUGCCCCGAGAGACGUUCUGGUUAAGACAGCAGCCGAACAUGCUUCACAGUCUCAAGUUGCAAUGCUACUAAGAGAAGGCUUAGCUCUGUACGGUCUGAGCCACCCAGCGCUGCUGACAGUUCUUGGCGUCUCAAUCGAGGACAGAAGCGCUCCGUUCCUGCUGUACCCCCGGACAGGUUACAGAAAUAUGAAAAAAUUUUUGGGACCAACGGGAAGAUGCAAAGUAAGCAGCGAGGGUCCUCCGAGAGCUCUGACGACCCAGGAAGUUGUUGAAAUGGCGCUGCAGGCAGCUAAAGGUGUCCAAUACUUGCACCGCAAGCGUCUAGUGCACCGAGACCUCGCGGCGCGAAACUGCGUGGUGGACGAUGACCUGAGAGUUCAAAUAACAGACAACGCAUUGGCGAGAGAUCUUUUCCCACAAGACUAUCACUGUCUUGGUGAUAACGAAAACAGGCCGAUUAAGUGGAUGGCUAUUGAAAGUCUUCUUACUAAAUCAUUCACUACUGCGUCUGACGUUUGGGCGUUUGGUGUCUUGUUAUGGGAAUUAACAACACGAGCACAACAGCCGUACCUAGAAGUUGAUCCGUUCGAUAUGGCCGCAUACCUGCGAGACGGUUAUAGACUCGCGCAACCAAUAAACUGUCCAGAUGAAUUAUUCGCGGUGAUGGCGUAUUGUUGGGCGAUGUCAUCAGACGAGCGACCGACCGUCAGCCAGCUAAUUGUUUGCCUCCAAGAGUUCCAUACUCAGCUGACCAGAUACGUCUAAAACUAACAAAGUUCCCUUAGAGCUACAAUUAAUUACCAACUGCUAAUUAUUAAACUAUAUUAUUAUAAAUUAUUAUUAUUAAUAAUUGUUGUAUAGAAAGACUGUUAUUGAAAGUGUCCCCAAUGUGCUUGCUAUAAUAAUUUUUUAUACCAAAAGUAUAAAAAAAAAUUAUUAUACUUAUGUAUAUAUUUUUAUUAGUACUUAUGCGGAUGUAUAUUUUUCUCCUUGUUGUUUCGCUUUUAUAGGAAAUUCAUUAUAUUAAAUAUUGAUAAUUAUUACGAAGAAAAAAAAAUUACUUGGUCUUUUAAUGCAUGAUUUAGUAUUUUUAAAAAAUUUUAAAUGCCAAUUCAGUGUUCAAUUAUUAAAUAGAUUUAAAUAUUUAAUUGAAAUAAAAAAUAAAUAAUUCCGCUUUCAAAAAUUUAAAUUCUAAAAAUAAAGACGAAUUUAUAAUAGUGCUGAUGAAUUUUCAUAUUUAUAAUAUAUUAAAUAAAAUAUAAUGCCAACAAACUAAUGAACCUCGCGAAAAAUAAAUAUUUAUGGAUGUACGCAUAAAUAAAAUUAAUGA